UAUUUAGGCGUUUUGUCCCGCCCAUUAAACGUUGUUCGGCUCUCCUCCGCCAGCGGUGUGUCGGCCGGUUCUUUCUGGAGCCACAACCACCACACCAUCCAGACAGGUUGUUUAUCGGGGCUGCGGGGUCGCCCUGACGAGUUGAAAACGGGAAAACGGUGAAGCUGAACAUCCGCUUCGUCCACUGACCGUCUGAUCUCCCGAUGUCGGACUUCAAGCUCGGGAUCGUUCGGCUGGGCCGUGUGGCCGGGAAGACAAAAUACACACUAAUUGAUGAGCAGGACAUACCUCUGGUGGAAAACUAUGCCUUUGAGGCACGCAUGGAGGUAGAUGCAGACGGCAAUGGAGCCAAGAUCUUUGCCUAUGCUUUCGACAUCGGUAAAGGGCGCUGGGCAGGAAGACCCCUGCACGAGCUGCUCUGGGAGAAACACAGAGGAGGCAUCGCCCCCAGUUUCCAAGUGGUUCACAUCAAUUCGGUCACUGUGGACAAUCGCCUAGACAACCUACGCCUGGUGCCAGCGGGAUGGAGCCCUAAGCCAGAGGAGAUCUCCAGCAAGCAAAGGGAGCAGUCUCUGUACUGGCUGGCCAUCCAGCAGGUGCCUGCGGACCCGGUCGAGGAGCAGUACCUGGAGCUGAGCCGGACCCGCUACUACAAUGCCAAUGGGGAGCUGGUGGAGGAGGAGGAGUGCUCCUGUACCUACUACGAGUGUCACUACCCGCCCUGCUCACUCAUCGAGAGGAGGCUGCGGGAGUUCAACAUCUGUGGCCGCUGCCAGGUGGCGCGGUACUGCGGCUCCCAGUGCCAGCAGCGGGACUGGCCGGCCCACAAGAAGCAGUGCCGCGAGCGCAAGCGUGUGCUGGCGCUGGAGUCGGAGCCGGAGCGGUGAUGCCCCUCCCCUCCCUCCUCUGCACUGGAGACGCAGGGGGGGGGGGCGGUGUUAAGACAUUGUGGAGAAGCCGACAGAAGGCGAGUGGGGGUGGAUGGGUUGGGGACACAAAGUGCAAAACGGAUAAAUAUCUGCUGACGGGAGACUUAGGCCGAGGACAAUGUUGGUGGCUGCUUGCGACUGGAAAGUGUGUGUGUGUGUGUGUGUGUGUGUGUGUGUGUGUGUGUGUGUGUGUGUGUGUGUGUGUGUGUGUGUGUGUGUGUGUGUGUGUGUGUGUGUGUGUGUGUGUGUGUGUGUGUGUGUGUGUGUGUGUCCUUCGACCACAUUCGACUACAGAUCUCCAAAGAAACUCUGAGGAGCAGGCUCAGAAGGCUACAAGUGAUGGUUACGGACAGGUCUCUUUCACAUGGCCACCAUCCAACCCCAGAUCAAUCCUCCUGACCACAUCCAAGUUGGCAGUCAUGCUUCUCUGAAACCAGCUGCCACCACAUGCCACAGAUGGACUCCACUGAUUGAAAAUAACACUACCAGUAUUGAGUAGGUGUACGUAUGCGUGUGUCAUGCCAUUAUGGACUGAAGGUCAUUUGAAGAAGUGGGCUGGGUGUUUAUGUAUUGUUUGUUCUUUUUGCAAAAGGGGCCAUAUUAUGGAUUUUCAGUUUCAUAAGUUAACUAUUUGGUCCUAAUCAUAAAUAUUGUGGGUGGAUGUUUUAGUUGGGGAGGGAGGGCUUGGGGGAAGUUCAUUUAAUUUGUUCUUUGUUGAACCAGCCGCUAAAUAAAGGCUUUACACUUCAUCUUCAAGAGAUGUGGCCUCUGGGUUUGGUUUUUAAAAGGAUCAAAGGAGAAAUGUGAUACUGUACUGUUGAAUAGACGAGAGCUAACUCCAUGCCCCCUGUUGGUUGAUUGACUUGCUAUUGGGAGAUUCAUGUUUACAGCUGGUCCUGAUCUUCAUUGGCACUCCUUCGUGGUUGAACCGCAUCAACUACAAAAUAGUCUGAAAUUGUCCAGGUUUGUAUGAGGAGGUUUCUUGAAGGGGUUUGCUUGACUUGAAUUGACAUCCAGGGUCUUUGUUGUGAUCCAGUGGCUCUUGGAGGUGCAUUCAUUGAAGAAGCUCACACCUUAACUUUGCGGUCACUAAAUUCAACAUAUGAUAUCCGUGCAGAAAAAACACUUUGAAACCCUAAUUUAUGUUUCGCAGGGUGUGCUAAUUUCUACAAUCCAUGCUUUCAGUUUUAUCCUCGUGAAAAAAAAUGUUUUGUUAUCGUUUCCUUUGUAAGAAUGUAUGAGAACUGAAGUGAUCCUACAGUCCAGUUUCAUUUUAAGCCCUUCGUGACAUCACAAAUGGCCAGGUAGGAUCAUUCCAAGAUCACAAACUCAUCUUCAAGAGCUGAAUCGAUUCUCCGAAGUGUUAAUGGGCAUUUUUUUUUUUUUUACUUUUUUAUACUUCCCAGCCUGGUCCCCGAUUCUGUUUACACUGCAUUUGACGUAAUGCAGAAUCUUUUCAUUUGUCCUAUUAUGUGUCCUGGGUUGUGUCUGAUACUUGCAUACAACCAUGUACCACAAUGUUUUGGUCGUCAUAUGUGAACAGGUUGUUGAACACUGCUCAAUGUUAAAGAAUUGUUCUUGGUGUGGAUGAGGGGUAAUUGGUUAAUUAUAGAAUCUUUAUUGUUUUAACUAAUCAGAAGAGUAACAGUAUGUGAAAGGAAUUAUGGUGGGGAAUAGCGCAUUUGUUCACUGUAAAAUGCUCAAAUAAAAAAGUAAAGUUUGAUUUGUGUUUAAGUGCUACUGUCACUGAAUUGAACCCGAUGUUAAUAGACUUAUUCCACCAAUGGGUCUGCUCGUUCUAUUUUCCAGGGGGCUUAAAGGGAAACUAGGCAACUUUGGCCACCUCUUCGCUGUUUUUUUUUGGUGUGCGCUCGCAAUGAGCUCCCCCUACAGGAUCGGAGGAGAUAUUUUACAACACUCGUAACAACUCGUUGACCACCCUUCCCCGUCCACUUCUACGCUAGCCAUGUGCAUUUGUUUAACAAGCCGGCGAAUGCGUGGUGCGAUGUCCGAGGUAGACGUUCAUAAAGAGUAGACGAGGUUAUACAUUGUGAAAGGGUGUAUGUGUUACAAUAAAC